AUGUGCCAGGACCCCGAGGGCUGUUCGCGGAUUUUUCGGAUCGACCGAGACGGCGCUCGCCCUUCAGUGAGGCGUGGCAGCUUAUAUCAGCGCGCGCAGGAGAUCACGGGUGGUGAGUUGCGGCGGCUGAUUCGCGAGGCUCGUUCAGACCUACGCGAUCGUGGAGUGGCGGUGAUGGACUCGAGGGAGUGUUGCAUCGAGGGCGCGAUCCAGUCCUCGAGCUCAGCCGUCAGGAUGUUGGGGCCGCUCAGGAGCGCCGCCCCGCCGCUGGCCCCCCCUGCUGAGCCGCCGCCCGAUGUGUCGAGGACGACGAGGGCGGGGCCAUGGCGCCCGUGUUCGAGCAGAACGCUCCAGAAGGGCUCGGUUGGGUCAUCGCGGGGGCGCCGCGUCUCGGCGAUAUCGCGCAGCUCGCGCGCCGCGACGUCAGGCUCGACGACCGCAGCGCUGUGA